GGGCAACGCUACGGUCUCAAUGCCUAUGCGUAUACCAAGGGAGAGCCCAACUCAGAGGAACCUGGCGAAGGGAGACCAUCAUGCGACACAACCAGGGUACUGUACAGGGUAAAGUGGUCAGUGGGUGAUGACGUCUGAAGUAGGCAGAGUUGAUCGUGACGAAGUCCAUGAAGCUGCCGAUGACGUCCAUGAUGAGAAGUUCGGAAUGACGUCGAGGAAGAGCCGCAACGUCGACGAGCUGAAGUGGCAAAACUGGAAUGGAUGGAGUACUGAGAAGUCAAAGACGUGGGAAGAUAAGUCAGAGUCAAUCGUUGUAUCGAGUAGGACGACGACGAGUGCGUUGUGGACGCUCAGAAGCAUCCGGCUGCUGCUGAAGGAAGUCCGCGAGAACACGAGGGUGAUAGCCGAGGUCGCAAUAGUAAGGCGACAUCCCCAUGGCCGGCGAGACCGGCGAGACGACGUGGUUGUAGGCUAUCUCCGCGUGGGCAAGAUGAAGAUCCCACUGCUGGUCGUCACGAACAAUCUUUCGGAGAAUAUCUCCGAGAGUCUUGUUCGUGAUCUCGGUUUGACCAUCAGUUUGGGGAUGGUAAGACGAGGAGAAGCGGAGCUGAGUGUCGUACACCUCGUGGAGCCGUCGCCAGAAUCGACUGGUAAAGCGCGGGUCACGGUUAGAUAUGAUGCUCAGAGGUAAGCCGUGGUCACGCACGACUCAGUCAAACACGAUGUUGGCGACCUCAAGUGCACUGAUGGCAUAGCGGCACGGAACAAAGCGUGCACGCUUUG